AACAUUAGACAGAUUAUAUAAACUGUAAAAUAUUAAUAAUAAAUUUCAUAUUAUUAAUAUAGUUAUAUUGUCAGUGCUUUUUUUCCCCACUAUGUUUCCAACAUGUACAGUAAUGUUAAAUCCAGGCUCUUUACGGUGGUCCAGUAGAUAUGACCUCGUUGGUAAAUGAGCCGAACAGCGCCCCCUGCUGGAUGUCAGGCUGUAACUGCACCGUCUCUCUGUCUCAGGGUUCGUACAAAUGUGGAGGCUGUAAACCUGGUUUCCUUGGCAACCAAACCUCCGGAUGCUUCCCCAGGAAGUCGUGCUCUGCGUUGACCUUUAACCCCUGUGACAGCCACGCCCACUGCUCCAUGGAGAGGAACGGAGAGGUGUCCUGCAGGUGUAAUGUGGGCUGGGCAGGAAAUGGACACACCUGUGGGAUGGACACGGACAUCGAUGGAUACCCAGACCGGUCUCUGCCCUGCAUGGACAACAACAAACACUGCAAACAG